UCAGCUGAUUUCAGCUCGUACGGUACUAACGGUAGUAAAAAUAUUGCGGAAUUGUAAAUGCACGACACCGACCGGAAAAUUUUCUUGGCACUCGACACUCGACAGAAAGUGCACUUCGCUAAACCCUCCCAACUUCCCAAGUGCACGGAGUAAGGACUCACAGGCCAUAGUACGCAGUUGAACCAUGCAAGCGCUCCGAUUAUUGGGAGGUGGUGGGCGUGGGGUCACCAAGUCUGUCAUAAGAUGCAUGGCAAGCUCUGGUAGUAAAACCACAGCACCAAGUAAGGCCUCCACUGCAUCAACCAUCCCUCCCCCAUACCAGUCUCCUGCAACUCCUAACCCUGGUGAUAAAGUUGUUGGACCGGGAGCGAGCAAGAGCGGAGAAUACAAAUGCUCGGAGUAUUACUGCUAUAACAAGAGUAGUUAUUUUGACCUGGAAGCUGAGAUGGUCAAGGACAGAAUUCCUCAGCCUGUAGCUGACAACGGAAAGAAGUAAAGGAUCGAUCGGCUUCGUCAAAUUUGUGUAAAUUUUCAUCUAUCCAUUAAUAUUUUAUCCCGCUUUGAUUGUGCAGUUCAGGAUUCCUAGACUGAGAAGGGGAUGUAAAUAGCCAUUAUAGGAGAAUGGCUUGAACAACUUGCUGUUCAAGAUCGUGAACUGCAAAUAUACGACUAUUUAUAUAAAUGUCAUUAAAUAUAAAUACUCUACAAUUGUCUU